UCUAAAUUCAGAUUUAGGGUGUAUUUCGCUUUAAAUACCUGCUGAGCGGACCAAGCAGAGAUCAUCAGUCAGCUAGAGGAGACGGUCGGCCUCAGCAGCUCAGAUCAGCAAACAUAAUGGACUGAUAACAUCGGAGUUUAGGGCGAUGUUCAGAUGUGUUUGCCAUGGACACAGAUAUGAUACCGAAAUUCUCUUCGAAAGACGAGGAAAUUGACUUCUGGAAGGCUCUUUCCCUCAAGUACAAGAAAGGCUGCCAGGAGGCUCAGGAGGAGCUGCUGGAGUUUCAGGAGGGGAGCAGGGAGCUGGAGGCUGAGCUGGAAGCACAGCUGGGCCAGGCCGAACAUCGUAUGAAGGACCUGCAGUCUGAGAACCAAAGACUCAAGAAUGAGGUCGAAACGCUCAAGGAGAAGCUGGAGCACCAGUACUCUCAGAGCUACAAGCAGAUCUCCAUGCUGGAGGACGACCUCGGCCAAACUCGCAGCAUCAAGGAGCAGCUCCACAAAUAUGUCAGAGAGCUGGAACAGUCCAAUGAUGACUUGGAGAGAGCAAAAAGAGCUACCAUCGUGUCUCUGGAGAACUUUGAGCAGCGUCUGAAUCAGGCCAUCGAGAGGAAUGCCUUCCUGGAGAGUGAGCUGGAUGAGAAGGAGUCUCUUCUGGUCUCUGUGCAAAGAUUAAAGGAUGAAGCCAGAGACUUGCGGCAGGAGCUGGCUGUGCGAGAGAGGCAGGCAGAUGUAACCAGGAUGUCUGCACCGAGCUCGCCCACACAAGACAAUGUGAAGAUGGACACUGCUGUGCAGGCCUCUCUCUCCCUCCCUGCUACCCCACUGAGCAAAGGUCUGGACAACGCCUUUGCCAACCCAACGGUGUUAUCAAAUGGUUAUGGCAGCAACUCGCCAUUGACUCCCUCUGCCAGAAUAUCAGCCCUCAACAUUGUCAGUGAUUUACUCCGGAAAGUAGGGGCUCUGGAGUCAAAACUUGCCGCUUGCAGGAACUUUGCCAAGGACCAGAAAGCCAGGAAGGCGUACACUCUCGACAACAGCAACGCACUCAACGCAAACACGGCCAACUACCCGCAGUCCCUCCAUACGUCAUAUUUUGAUAAAGCCAGGACAGAGAUGGUCACAUUCCCUGCAUUGAUUCUGGCAGGACCGUGAAUGGGCUGGAACCUGGUGCUCUGACAGCCAUCACCGCCCCUCCCACUGCCUCCUCCCCAGGCUUAGUCCCCCUCGCUGUGUGACUGUAAAGACCCCCCCCCUCAAACCUAACACACCUGCCCCACAACAGAAAAUCACAUCUAAGAAGAGAAGAGUCCGAGACAAAGAGGGAAAACACAAAUGGCUAAUACUGUAAAACUGUUGUACUGUAAACCUCGGGGUCCUCCCCUCGUCCUCUCUCUGUGUCUAUUGUUCUCACACUUGUGCUUCGUUCCUGCUGUAAUUAUGGGCCCCUGUCUGUAUAUUUUAUGUGUUACUGUAUCUGCUGUUUGCUCACUGGCUUGCACAAAGACGUAAAAG